AUGCGUAGCAGACUCGACAGCGUGCACGAGGCGACUGGCUUCCUCAAACUUCCGUCGGCUGGGUAUGAUCUAGACUCAGUUCGAGCCGAGGUAACGCUGGAAGAACAAUCUAUGCUGGAAGAUUUAGGCGUUGAUCUGUAUGCAAAUGGGUCCCAAGAUGGUGGAUUGUCACAGCCUACACAAUUGGAUUCGAUAAAUAGAAAAUCCCCUCCUGCAUCAGCGCAUGUCCAUUCCGAAGUAUAUGCGCGCAUCUUAAGGUAUGAUGAUAUGUCUCAAAUGGACGCUAUUGACGCCCGCAUUGCGGGUCGCCUUCACUCGAUAAAUGAGGACGUAUUUGCGGAAUGGGCACAGACGAAAGACAUUAAAUAUGGGCUACCUGCACUGGAUUCAUUCUCGCACUGGAACCGCUAUAUUCAAAGCUGGAUGGGGGUGAGGUUCACUCUGGAAUUUCAGUGGUUACUGACGCAGCAUCAACAGCGCUUCGAAUGGCUGGGUAUGCUGACGAUACCACAGUCUAUUUGCGCCAUCCGGCGGAUCUAA